AUGAAAUCCUUUGGCUUUUCUAAAUUCACUCUGCUAGAUAGUCUUGUUAAUUACAAGGCACCUCAUGUACCAAUACAAAACAGCGAUUGCAUAAAGUAAACUAAAUCAAAAUCCAAAGAACCUUUCCACUCCCCUAAAAAUGUGUAACUUUAAUAAGAGUUCCCUAAACAUCUCAGUCAAUCAGUAGAACUUCAGAGUGAAUCCUAAGAACAACUAUAACCUAAACGCAAAUUAACCCUAAAUCGAAUACGAAAUCAAAGUCUUGGAGCACCAUCCAUAAAUGUCUAUUUAGAACAAAUCGAAAUAGCCAAAGCAAAUAAUCGAUAAAUUAAACACGACAUGAAUAAAGUCCUUAAUAACGUAAGCCAUUACGUUUCCUAAAUUAAAGCUGAUUAGAAAUCUAAAAAGUAUAUAAUUGCUCCUACUAAAAACAACUUCUCAACUGAUAACAAAUUUAAACCUAUAAACCUUGAUAGCAAGGAUACUAUAGACAUGAUUUCAUCUAAUCAAUCUGUCAAAAUACCUUAACAUGACAUUUCAAGAAGUUGCCUAUCUGAAUAGUCUACAGCAAGAAGAAUGCAAUCAGACAAUCAUGCUAUUAAUAAUCUCAUAGAACUCAUCAAAGAAUUUCAUUCCAAAUUGGAUUAACUCAAGAAAUUAUGGUAAAAUGAUUAAAGGUUAGAAAAAUUCAUCAAAUUUCAAGUUUCACUUAAACCUGAUUUAUAAGCUAUAUUCUUCCCAGAUGAGGAUACCAAUCAUAUUCAUUUAAAUUUCCAGUAGUUGCAGAAGUUAUUCAUUCUACCAAAAGUUAAUUCAUAAGGAGAAAUCUGGAAUUUCAAUGCUGGAUAUUAAUUGAGAGACAUUGCUAAUUCCAUUAAUAAGAUCUUGGAAUAAUAAAAGUUUUAAGAACUGUUUGAUAUCAAGAAAUCAAUUUUAGAAUCUUCUAAAACAAUCAAAGAAUUGGAACAGCAUAAGGUCAUUCAAAAAUAUUCAUUAAAAAAGGAUUACAAUUACUUAAGUUUUCAAAGUCUUCUUAUGAGUAAUGAAGAUAAGGAUAAGAAUGUUGAUAAAAUGGAAAGACAACUUGGAUCAUUAGGUAAAGUAACACUUUAGAAUAGAAAAAUGAGUAAUAUGAUCAAUGAUGCAAUUCAUCAUUUACAAUAGAAAUAAAUCAAUUGA